CAACGCGUUGCCGUAGCGCACACGUUCCACAGCCGCACAGGUCAAGUCAAGAACGCGCUCUGAGCCGGCUGGAUUCCUUGGUUAUUUGCAUUGCUCUUCUCAGCGAUCGAUUCCAGGUGCGUCCCUCAUCUAAUCCAUAGAAUUGACAGAAUCCAACUAGCUAGCUAGCAAGCUCGAUCGCAUGGCGGCGGCCUGGCGGAGAUCAUGGAUGUCGAGGGUCUCAUCCACCGAGCGAGGCAGAUCACGGAGACUCCAGACGGACGGGCAGCCAUCGCGAUCCUACCUUGGCAGCAGCGCUACCCCUUCUUCAGCUACCACCGCCUCGAGCACCCGCAGCCACACCAGCACUUCCACUCCAGUUGGAGAACCUGCAGCAGGUCCUGUUUUCCACCCGUUUAUUUUUCUGCCCAAGGCGCCGGUCGUGGAUGAAAAAGCUGAGGAGCUCGACGAAGAAAGAGCCGAGGAGUCCGAGGAAGAGAGGGCGAAGGCGCGCGGGCUCGUCAAGAGCCAUCUGGUCCAUGAAUUCUGUAGCGACGUCUGUAUUGGCCUGGACAGGUGGCUCUCGGAGCUGCACGUCGGCUGGGUUCUCCACCUCGCUGACGAUGAUGCGUCCUCAGGGAGCAGGGGCAGUAUCCUCAUCUCGCGGCAACUCCAGCAUCUUGCACAGAGCUGGAUCCUGGCCCUAUUGGAGAUUAACAGUUACUUAUCUAGAUGCUUCAAUAGAUGGUAUAGCCAUAGCCAGGAGCUGGAAGAAACUGUUUGCCCGCCUGCUUGUGAUUUUGCACGGUUUGUGGAAGCAACCUUGUCGAAGAUGCUCCCUUUCGUUGACACCGUUGUUAAUCUGGCUAUUAUUCAUCCUAGCUGCAGUGAACAUUGUGUUGCUGCUCCUAGCAAUGGGGCGGCAGCGGCACCAGCUGAGAAGCUCCAGGCACUGAUAGACGUUCGUGACGCUCUCUCCGGGGCCUCCGAGAAGGUCCAGCUUUGGGACUUAUGGUUUUGUUCGUCAUCCGAUGUACAAGUGCCAAGGAUAACUGGCCUAUUGUUAGCAAAACUGGCCAAGUUGGAUGAGGCCAUAUGUAAUACAAGAAGUUGCAUCAGGACCCGGAUCAUGUCCUUGACGUACGACGACGAAUCUUUGUGGGCUACUCAAACUCCCCAAAGAUCGCCUGACAUUCACAAGGUCACUCGAUCCGCAAUAAGCUACAUCGAUGUACUUUCGACUAGUUACGAAGCAUCUCUCCGUGGUAAGUGUGUGGCUGACUUUGAGAUUAUUUGUCAUUCCACCAGCCUCAUCAGGGAGGUGUUUUGUUCCCUAGAAGAAAAGCUUGUGAGAGAGUCGCAGACAUUAUUCUCGGAUCACAGUCUCAGGUUUCUAUUCUUGAUCAACAACUCCUACUUCAUGUCGCAGAAGCUUCAUACAAAUCGGUUCUUGGCUGUCCCCAUGCAAGCCCUUGCUCGCAAAAUCGACGGCUACAUAAAUAGUUAUCUCCAAGCAUCUUGGACACCGGUGUUGAAAUGCUUGCACAGUCCUACAUCACUUCAUUGCUUCAGGAGACACUCACCACUGCCUAAGUUCCAGUCAAAGUUUCAGAAGACCUACACAGCCCAAAAGCUCUGGAAGGUCCCAGACCCUAAGCUCAGAAAAAGGCUGCGGAAAGCCAUCGUCGAGAAAGUCAUCCCGGCCUUUACAGGAUUCUUGGAGGAUAACAAUAUCGACACCCCAGGAGUCACUCCCGAGAACCUGGAGGAGAUGUUGGAAGAGUUAUUCGAAGGAUGAACCAGUGCACCACAAAAAGACAGGUUGCCAUAUAGAUCUUUGGUGAAGAAUGGUGAAAGCAUGUAGAACAUACGAUCGAAAUUUGUCGAUGAUUUUGAAUUAAGACCUACAGAGUGAAAAGGGGAAGCACAGAGAACCAAUGAAUUUGCCGAUGAUUUCGAAUUUGUCAGAAUUUAAGCCUCCAUUGUUUUCUUACGGGGCCCGUGUUAGCCUCCGUAUAAGCAGGUUAAUUUUCACAGGCGACAGGUCUGUUGUGCUAUAACAGUAAGCAGUAGUGGUUUACUAGCUCAAUGUCAGUAGAUGCUUUUAACUACACAGGUAUGCAAAAACAUCUUUGGCUA